AUGAACACGACACUGGUUCACGGCUGGGUUAGCUCGCCAAAUGAACGCGGAACAAUCGACAUCCUUUGGAGCUGCAUUGUCACUGUCUUCUUGUGCAGCUGGUCUUCUUUAUUCCUGAACGUACCCGACAAGAACGACUUCCGAUCUUACAUGUCAACGAAGCUACCGUGGGUUGCCUUUACCAUCUUCUUCCCGGAGCUCCUUGCAUCAUUCGCCCAGGUUCAAUACCUGUCCGCACGGCAUUCGGUAUCCAGGUUCCAUAAGUCCGGAUACACUGACUGGACUAUAACGCACGCCUUUUUUGCCGACAUGGGGGGUUUCGUACUGGAACCUCCAGAUUACCCCCGCUUCCCUGUCAACGCCCAUCAGGUUCAUUAUCUCGUAGAGCACGGCUUCGUCGAUUUUCCCAAGAUUCACCGCGACGCCAUCAAGGACAAGAACAAGGCCGACGCUUUUGUCCGUAUCCUUACCUCAGUCCAGGUACUCUGGUUCGCCCUUCAAUGCAUUGGUCGCGCCGCGCAACACUUGGCGAUUUCCAUGCUCGAGCUAGAUGUGGUUGCCAUCGUGCUUUGCACGUUCCCAACACAUUACUAUUUGUUUCACAAGCCAUUGGAUGUUGAUACGCCGGUGACGCUGAAACUCGUGGGAUCACUUAGACUGGCUGAUGUAUUGGCGUUGGCGGACCCAGUUGCAGCCAAGCAGCCUUUCAAGCAAACUCCGCUCGAUUUUGCCAACCCACCUUCAGAUCCCUUGCAGGUACUCGAUCCCAUCGUGUGGGGAUUUGAGCACUUGUUCCGCCUCGGUAACGAUGCCAAGCAUGUACCAAUAACACGAUUCAAGAAUACCGCACGUAUGAAUCCUGGAAAGGUUGUCAUAUCCGAAGGGCUGGUUGCUUCCGCUUUGGCAUUCUCAUUCAUUGGCAUACACUUUUUUGCGUGGAAUUUCCACUUCCCCACAGUGUUAGAACGAGAUCUCUCGCGUGGUGCAUGCGUUGUUCUCUUCGCAGUUGGCUUUACCUUUGGCAUUCUUUGGCUCUUGAUCACUUGGCAAUUACCUAACCUCUGUCGGUGGGCAGGUAUCCCGCAAACCAACACUGUGACAGAGUUUAUCGAUCAGAUACACCCUUUCUUUCAGUACCUGCUCGUUAUGUUUCAUAUGGGAGCAUACGGUCUCGCAAGAACCUUCAUCAUUGUGGAAGGAUUUGCUGGACUCAGAGCACUUCCUGCAAGUAGCUACCGUAGUGUGGAAUGGUCGGACCUGUUACCCCAUAUCUAG